GCUUGUGGCCAAUUCAGAGGAAUGUGUCAGAGCCUGUUCAGAGGGCUCUCUGUCCAGACUGGGUCGGUGUCUGAACCGCUCGUGGCAGCAGAAGAAGCUGAUGGCUCCUGGGUGUGAACCGGCCUCUGUGAGGACCAUGAUGGAGGCUCUGAGGCCACUGGUCCUGGGUCAGAGUCUGGCCGGUGCCGGGGGCGGUGGAUUCCUCUACCUGCUGACCCGGGAGCCUGAGCAGCAGCAGGCGGUGCUCCAGGUCCUCAACAACACACCGGGUCUGGGAGACUUCAGUGUUCACACAGUGGAGCUGGACAUGGAUGGGAUCACAGUCCUGCCCCCGUCCUGAGGACACACAGACACACAACACCUCUGGGACGGUCGCCAGGCAGAGUGAGCGUGAAGAAUCUAAACUAAUUCACAAAGUGGGAUCAAAUGUGAAAGUAGCUGAAUGAUCCUUCUUCUAUGUGAAGCAGCUUUAAAGGGUAUUUUUCUACUGGGAUAAGAAAUAAAGACGUGUUCUCAGAGAAACAUCUGUAAACCUCUGUAAACCUCUGACUCACUGACGUUGACUCAUCAGAUGAAGGAAACUUUCUCUUCAUAUUCAGUCAGACGUUUGAAGGGCAAGUUCACAUUUCAAGUCUUUGUUCAAACCAGUCUCAUGCAUGUGUUUCGUGAACGUUGUUGUGAUCGUCCUGGUUCUUUGUGCGAUUCCACACAUGGAGCCAGUAAACACAUGAUAUAUAUUAUAUAAUAUUAAUUAUAGACACUAAGGUCAUAUCACCCAAUGUG